AUGGCGGACGACGGGCCGCUGGGCGUGGCGGGCGCGUAUGACGACGCGCUGAUGGCGUCGGCGGCGGACCGCCAGUCGCACUGGGGCUUCCACGAGACCAAGGAGCUGAUCGCGCUGCGCGGCGAGAUGGAGCGCGAUUUUGUGCCGGGGCGCACGAGCAACCACGUGUGGGAGACCAUCUCGUCGCGCAUGAAGGAGAAAGGGUACCGCCGCACGCCCAACCAAUGCAAGUGCAAGUGGAAAGUGCUCGUCAACCGCUACAAGGUACCCGCCGCGCAACGCCCGCCGCAUUACGGAAACAAGGAGCUCUCGGCGGACGGCUCACGCUCGUGCCCGUUCUUCGAUGAGCUGGACGCGAUUUUCAAGCAGCGCGCGCGCAACAUGGACCGCCUGCUCGUGCAGGCGGAGGGCGGCGGCACGCCCGGCGGAAUCGGCGCCAGCGGCGGCAUCGGCAGCGGAUUCUCCGCAGGAGGCGGCGGGGCCGGAGCAGUCGGAGGCGCCCUGGGCAUGCGCGGAAGCUUCGGCGGGGGGUUGGGCGCGCGGGGGGGCGCGGGGGGCGUGGGAGGGGGCUUGCUCACCCGGCGGGCGCGAGACGAGGAAGAGGAGGAGGAGGACGACGAGGAGGAGGGGGAGGACGAGUUAGAGGGCGAGUUGAACGUGCUGCGCAACAAGAGGCGCAAGCGCGACUUCAACGCUGGCGCGCGCAAGGCCGCCACAGGGGCCUACGGCGCGGGCUCCCCUGGCAUGGGGAAGGGCGCGUCCGCUGGCGCAGGGGGCAGCGCGGGCGGAGACGCGUUUGAUGGCAUGGGCGGGGGGGGGAACGGGGGGGGGGACAGGCGCGCGGUGCUGGAAAGGCAGCGCGCGGGGAGCAUGCAGGAGGUGCUGGAGCAGUUCUUCGUGCAGCAGCUGCGCCUGGAGCAGGAGUGGCGCGAGGCCAUUGAGCGGCGCGAGGCGGAGCGCAGGGUGAGGGAGGGCGAGUGGCGCAGCAGGCUGGAGGCGCUGGAGAGGGAUCGCGCGCAGCGAGAGUCCAUGUGGCGGCAGAUGGAGGCGGAGAGGGCAGCAAGAGAGGACGAGAGAGCAGCACGCAGGGACCAACUCAUCAUCGCUCUCAUUACCAAGCUCUCUGCCCCGCCUGCUCCACCCCCUGCUGCACCCGCACCUUCUGCCCUGCCUGCAACCACCCCUCCUGCUGCCAAUGGUACCGUUGCUGCUGACCAAGCUGUUGCUGCUGCUGCUGCUGCCCCUGAUUCAGCAGCGCCAGCCACGGUGCACAAGCUGGGGGCUGCAGUGGGUGGGACCAUCGCUGCUGCUGAGGCUGCAGCUGCUGAUGUCAUUGGCACUGCUGCUGCGGGUGGUGGUGGUGCUGGUAGUGUGGGAGGUGGAGGUGGGGAGAAGGAUGGGGUGGGGGCUGUGCAAGCAGAUGCUGCCGUGGUUGGAGUGCAGGAGCCUAUUGCAGUGUAG